UGUUCUGCAGAGGAGAUGAACUUUGUCUUAAUGGGGGGAACUUUAAAUCGCAAUGGCUUGUCCCCGCCGCCAUGUCUGUCCCCUCCAUCAUACACGUUCCCUGCACCGGCAGCUGUAAUUCCUGCUGAGGCCGCCACCCUGUACCAGCCCUCCCUGCUCCUGAAUCCUCGGGCCCUAGCACCAACAGCUGCAUAUUACCCAGCCGGAGCUCAGCUCUUCAUGAACUACACUGCUUACUACCCAAGUCCUCCAGGUUCUCCAAGUAAUCUUGGCUUCUUCCCAGCCACAGCAAGUGCCAGCAGCAUCCCUCCGCACAGUGGAGCC